AACAUUUUCAAUCCGCAAUCUAAUGCGUGUGAUCUGUGUUGCCAGUGAAAUAAAAUGGUUUUCGUUUACGUUUCUAUUUUAUUCGGUUUCCUGACGGUUUCUGCACACAAAAGUGAUACAUUUCCCCCCAUGGAGAAAGUAAGAAAACAUUAUGACAUCGACUACUACGUGAAAACAUGCUACGAAAGAACUGGAGCUGAUUGGAAUGAAUUACACGAAUUCGAAAUUACUACGGAUCUGGAACAUGUUCCAAAUAGUCAUUCAAUCAAGUUGUUCUUUCGUUGUUUUGGUGAAGUUAGUGAAUCGGUAGAUACAAAGUCGAAUAAAUUGAAUUUCUCGAAAUUUUUGGAUCAUUGGGCGGAUUUGACGCAGGCCGAGCAGGAAAUUUACUUGAAAAUGGGCAAGGGAUGUAUCAGACGUGCAAAGAGCAUAACCGAUCGCCUUGAAUUUUCGUAUUCGAUUACGCUUUGUGCUAAACAAAAUGACAAUGAGCAUUUUCAUCUUUUCUAUUGACAGUCAGUCAACACCCAAUUGCCGAAUUUUGUAUGUUGCGUUGACCCAAUAAAUUACCGAAUUUUGAGU